UUCCCGUUUAUCUCCUUCCCCACAGUUCUGCAGGUUUCACAGAUGGCAGUGGAUCUCGGUUCUGGAGGUUCUGAAAAUCCCGUCUUCAAAGCCCAAAUAGGGAGAGAUGUGAACGUUUCUUCAGGCGACGUUUAUGAAAACCUUCAGAGAAUCAAAAACUGCGAACAGCAGAAACCAAACUCUCACUUGACGCCCAAAGAAGCUGCUGCUAUGAUGCCGAACGUUAAAGUCCAUCUGGUUCUGGUUCUGGUUUCGGUGGGGAUCCUGUCCGUCCUGCUGCUGGUCAGCAUCGGGUUCUUCUCCUGGGCCGGUUGGAAAGUGAACCAACUUGAUGAAGCCUUCAAAAAACACUCAGAAGAGAUGAAGGAUCUGGAGGAAAAAUCACAGAACGAAACUGAAAAACUGAACCAGAAAAUCCAGUUGAUCCAGAAAUUCAAUGCCUAUCCAAUGAAUGAACAAUGCAACGGCAGUGAGUGUCUGCUGUGUCAGAGAGGUUGGAUCUUCUUCAAUGAGUCGUGUUACUUGUUCAGUGAUGUUUGGUCGCUUUGGAAUGAAAGUCGUCAGUUCUGUCAGUUCAAAUCUGCUGAUCUGAUUGUUAUUGAUAAUCAUCAGGAACAGAAAUUCAUUUAUUACAACCUGAAGUCAAUCCACUGGUUUGGGCUGUAUAAAAGUGGGAGUGACUGGAUUUGGAUUGAUAAUCGUAACGACACACUAAAGUUCUGGUACCCGUCUUACCCGCGGUCUUCUCAUUCUAAUGCAAUCAUGUCUCAAUCAGGGAAUCCCACAGAGAGUUGGUUCUCAGUACCAAGUACAUAUGGCGCAUACCCCAUCUGUGAGCAGAAAGCCUCCAAAGUGUCUCUUAAUUAACUGUUUCUAUUUCUUCCUCUUUCUGCUGCUUUUCCAGAUCAACAGGUUUUAUAUAAAUAAUCAGAAUUUUCUUUGAAGUUUAAUGUGAAUAUAUUUAGUUUUUAUUUUCUGUGGCAUUUCACUGUUCAGUCAGUAUAAAUCUGUUCUGACACAUUUUUACUGUUUUUCUGAAUUUAAAAAAAUCCAAGGACUGAAAUAAUUUAACUCCAUAUAUUUGAAUCUACUUUUCUUCAUAGAGUAAAUGAUAAUUACAGUGUAACAGUUUUAUUGUCAUUUAUUGAUUUAUUGAUACUUAAUAUUUAAAUUAUUCAUUAAUGACACUAUUAAUAAUAAUAAAUGAAGUUUAUUAAAGUCUGUGAGGCCAUAAAUCCUCCACCUUAAAGAAUAGUUGUUCUUUAAUCCAGUUUGAUUUGUUUUAUUGUCCCAUUUAAAGAAAGUGAUGCUGAUUAUAAUAGAUUUUUAUAAUUUAUUUUUUGCAAUCAUCCUGA